GCGAACAUAAAGAGGCGUCCAGUGGAGGACAGAGGCAUUCUUUCGGUUAAACCCAUAGGAAGACAUCAUGCCUGAGCCCAGCGUCAAAGCGCCCAAGAAGGGCUCCAAGAAAGCCGUGUCCAAAGCCACCAAGACCGGCAAGAAGAGGAGAAAGCACAGGAAGGAGAGCUACGCCAUCUACGUGUACAAAGUGAUGAAGCAGGUCCACCCCGACACCGGCAUCUCCUCCAAGGCCAUGGGCAUCAUGAACUGCUUCGUGAGCGACAUCUUCGAGCGCAUCGCCGGGGAGGCCUCCCGUCUGGCUCACUACAACAAGCGCUCCACCAUCACCUCCAGGGAGAUCCAGACCGCCGUCCGCCUGCUGCUGCCCGGAGAGCUGGCCAAGCACGCCGUGUCUGAGGGCACCAAGGCUGUGACCAAGUACACCAGCUCCAAGUAAACACGACAAACCCACAAACACAACGGCUCUUUUAAGAGCCACCCAACCUAUCCAGAGAGCUGCCUUCCUGUUAUUCACAGCCCGUUAGCUAUAGAUCUAUAUAUGGAUGGAUAGAUAUAUGUAAAUUUAUGAAAUGGUAAGACUUUUUCAGCCUGUAAAUAUGAGGAAAUUAAAAUGCCAUUUCCAUACAGAGUAGUGUGACACAAAUAUUAGAAACAGUUAAAACCAGACUUUAUUUAGGAUUUUUCCAAGCUGUCCCUUCACUGUGUUAUUUAGUGCUGUGAGAAAGCCUCGUGUCCCAUUGCAAUACUUGGAGCCUCGUCAUGGUUGCUUAAAACAUAUCUAUAUAUUGUACAUAUCUGCAUAUACAUCUGUUAUACGUAAUAUAUGCAUCUGUCCAUACCUCCUCAUUCCACAGUGUAAAGUGUUUAAAUACUCUCAAUGUAUUCCACAUAUGUAUAUAUUUCACAUCCUCAAAUCUUUAUUGUUGUUAUUGUAAAUAUUCUUCUCUCUUUUUUGCACUAUUUUAUUUAUCUUAUCUGCACCAUGUAUGUUGAGUUGUUGGAGGAGCACGCGACAUAAGAUUUUCAUUGCCAACAUAUACGCUGUAUCUGCUGUGCAUAUGACAAAUAAAACCUUGAAACCUUGAAACCUUGAA